AUGAACAGCGCGGCACAAUUCGCCCGCACCUUGCAGCGGAACGUCUCCCUCUACUUCCCCUUCCUGGCGUAUUAUCACAUCUCAUUUUUUAGGUCGGACCUUUUUGACGUGCCAAGACUUGGCGGUCUUGCGCAGAGUGGGUUUCCCGGAGACUUGGAAGACGCCCUGGGCGACUCGUCAGCUGCCGCAGCGCUGACAUUGAAAGCACUGGUCUCUGGGGUGCUGAUCGCAGCUGAUCCUGAUGGCCUCACUGCGAGAUCCACCUUGUUGUUUGCCAACUUGUUGGCCGAUGACUGGCUCCGUCUGGACUGGAAGCGGGAGUUGGACUGCUCGACCUCCCGUCGCUUCUGCUGGCCGGUCUUUGGAGCUCUUGCCACACUGCGAGACUCAGCUUGGCCUCCUGCCGAGUUUUGCUCUGCAGCGACAAGCUUCUCGGAAGCUUUGCAGAAGGCGGUGCAGAGCAACGAGGCGGUGGAUUUGAUGCUGAGCCUGGACUUCUUGGAGAUGCCUCCUGCGAGCUGCGGACAUGCUGGCGCAGAUGUGCUGCGUGCCGCCGCCAGUCUGGCAGUGGCAGACUGGGUACGCCAGGCGGCAGCGCAAGAAGGAGUGGAUCCAGACGUCUCAGCUGUGCAAGAUGCUGUGGGCACAGCUCAAGACCUGCUGCAAAGCUUCGCAGGAUCCCCCCUGCUGGGCUUGGCGGGCUUAUCCGCUGCUCCUGGCGGCGCAGAGCUCUUGUGGCUGCUGGACAGGCUACAAUGUGCGUCAGAGGUGGCCAUCGAUGGGAAGGCACACAGAUCUUGGCUCGGAGCGGAGAACAUCGGUAUGAAGAAUGACGUGGACAUCCGCUACGUGGUUUCGGUCUUUCCACAUCGAGAGCUUGUAUCCGAUUUCCUGCGGGCGCGUCAAGUACCAUACUGCAACGAGUCCAUCCUGCGAGCCGCGCAGCGUCUAGCACGAAGACUCCAGCAGACCGGAGCACGCUCGGUGCGGGUGGUGGAGGUGGGUGCAAACCUCGGGGAUUGCUCGCUAUGGAUCGCAAGGCGUCUCCAAGCAGUGCCCAGCCUGCGCAGCAUCAAGGUCAUCGCGCUGGAGGCGGUGCCAUCUGCUGCCACGCUCUUUGCGCAGUCCGUGCAGCGCAACGACCUGGCAGGCAUCAUCCAGGUGCAGAAAGUCGCAGCUGGGGCCAGGAGGGGCAAAGUGCGGCUGCAGGCCAAACCCAUGAGCUCCAACUCCUUCACGGCUUCGGAGGCUGAAGCAAAGGACGCAGCUAUUUCUACAGAAGCCUUGGAUGACAUCGUGCCCUAUGCCAGCAUCGACAUGCUGAUAAGUCACACCAACGGGCAAGAGCUGUCGAUCCUCCGCGGAGCCAAGCGUCUCAUGAGAUCUCGCAAGCUGGUGGUUAUCUUGCAGCUCUACGGAGCUGACACGGGCAUCAUCCGGGACGCUUCCUAUGACCCUGCCCGGCCAGUGAGAUGGCUGGUGGACAGGGGCUUCCAGGUGUCCAUUCUUCAGCGGAUGGGUCAGCGGGUGUCCGCGCCCGGCAAGCUGCGACGUCUGACGCGGCAGCGGGUCAUGAACGUGCUUGCCAUUCCCAGAACGCAAAGGCGCCGGCUUCUGGCUUCUCCUUUAACUUCUCCUCAGCCGCCGGCGCGGGAGUGUUUGGACCUGACGGUGGAGCGGCCAAACUCCUGGGCGGAGGUGGAUGGCCGAGUCCUGAGGGAGAACUUGCACAUCGUGCGGAUGUACCUGACCCGGACCUUCGGAGAAGCCCCGCCCAUGGGGGCGGUGCUGAAGGCGAACGCGUAUGGACAUGGAGCUGUACUGGCAGGACGUGUCUUUGCCUCCGCGAAGAUCGACGCGCUCUUCGUCUCCGAAAUCGAGACUGGGCUGAUGCUGCGCACGGCGCCCGAGGUGAGCAUGGCCCUGCCAUUGGUUUUGCUGUACCGGGCGCCGGGGAGGGACAGCAUCUGCGCGCUGGCAAAGGCCAACAUCACUGUGUCCGUGCUAUCCAUGGCCUGGCUACGUGAGGCCGUGGCAUGGCCGGCCUGCGCCUUGCGGCUCAGGCUCCAUUUGAUGGUCGAUACAGGCCUCAACCGCGAGGGCCUUGCGGUCCAGGAGGUGGCCGAAGGGGCAGCUCUGGUCCUCGGAAUGUGGCCCCAUUGGUCGCUGGACGGCUUCUACACACACUGGUGCUGUGUGUAUGAUCCUGCCGAGAUGCACCGCUCACUGCUUGUGUUUGAGCGGGGCUUGGCGAAUGUGCAGGACAUCAGAGCAGCUUUUGGCAAGCCCGCUGGUAGCCAACCCUUCACAGUUCACACUUCUAGCAGCUCCAGUGUGCUCUUUGGCGUCCACUACGACCUGCUCAGAGUGGGCGGGCUCCUCUUCGGCGACGUGACGAUUUCAGAUGGCGGUGGGGGUGCGACGUCUCUCCCUGGGCCCCAUCGGACGCUUCUUUGGAAGAGCCACAUCACGGCGUUGCGUUGGUCGGUGCCUGGGGAGCGCUUCUCCCGCUGCACUGCCUCCAACUGCCAAGCCGGGCCCAGCUUUCAGCGCCGCGUGCUGCUGGGCCUGGUCCCGGUGGGCGCCUUCGAGUUCAGCGACUCCAACGUGGUCAGCGGUGCGUUUCGGGAGAAACUGCCUUUGCUUGAGAAGUCUACAGACAGCCUGCUGGUGGAAAUCCCCAGUACGACUCGCACCUUCCAGCAAGCGUUUGAAGGCAUGGAGGUUCUUCUUUGUGCCGAGAACUGCGUGCAGGGGCUGUUCAAUGUGCCGGAGCACGUGCCGAGAAUUUUGGUGCAGGAUCCGCAAGUAAGGGCGUGUACCAACAUCCCUGGCUGCGCUCGUUCCAGGUACGCUCCAUCAGGCGACAGCUUUUACCCAGUCGAGUUGAAUGGAACCGUGUUUGACUCCUUCAACCUGCGUGUGGUCUUCGAGAGAGACAAGACCGGCUUUGAAGAGAGCAAGGAGUUUCCAAUUCGCACCAACACCGUGGUGGCUGCCAGGUAUCAGAUCAUCGAAUACCUGGGAUCUGCCGCCUUCUCGCGUGCAGUACAAUGUUUAGACCUGGACACGAACAAGAUGGUGUGUAUGAAGAUCAUCAAGAACGACAAGGACUUCUUAGACCAGUCCCUGGAUGAGAUCAAGCUGUUGAAGUACAUCAACGUGAAUGGUGAUGUCGACAACAACCAUGUUUUGCGCCUUUACGAUCAUUUUUAUCACAAGGAGCACUUGAUCAUUGUUACGGAGCUGCUCCGCGACAAUUUAUAUGAGUUUAGCAAGUACAACCGGGAGUGUGGUGAUGAGCCAUACUUCACCAUCGGGCGAUUGCAGAAGAUCUCCAAUCAGAUUCUGACGGCGCUGGGAUACGUGCACUCCCUGCGGCUGAUCCAUUGCGACCUGAAGCCUGAAAACAUCCUGAUCAAGUCCUACAGCAGAUGUGAGGUCAAGGUCAUCGACUUUGGGUCCUCGUGCUUUGUGGACGACCACCUCUCUUCCUAUGUGCAGUCUCGGUCCUACCGCGCCCCUGAGGUGAUGCUGGGCCUGCCCUACGAUCAGAAGAUCGACCUGUGGUCCUUGGGCUGCAUCAUCGCGGAGCUGUGGACAGGCUACGUGCUUUUCCAGAACGACUCAGUUCAGAGUCUGCUGGCUCGAAUCCUGGGCAUCGUCGGCGACUUUCCGUACCCCAUGAUGACCAGCGGGAAGUACGUCCCACAGUACUUCACUCAGGACGGCCAGCUGUACCAGGAGAUCGAAGGGCAGCCUUGCCCAGAGCGAGGGCGUCGCUUGCACCUUCUGGUGCCAAAGAAGACGUCGAUGCGCCAGCGCAUGCGCACUGGGGAUGAAGUCUUUCUGGACUUCCUGACGCAGUUGCUGCAGCUGGAUCCGAGCAAACGGCCCACUGCCGCAGAGGCGUCCAAGCACCCGUUCUUGGCGCCCGGCAGAAUCCCGGACUUCACGGAGGACGCAGAGACGCUUUCAUGGACCGGCCUCGGGCUGGGAGAGGCGGAAGCAUAUCAGGUGAUGUGCUCUUUGCGGAAUCUCGCGGCCAACCAGAAGGACGGCCUCAACAAGCUGAGAUUCUGGGGAAAGGUCUUGGGCACGGAAGCAGACUACUACGUUGCAGAGGCCCAGCGCGACGGCGGCGGGGACGAUGAAGCCGAUCCCGACGCGGAACCCUCCGGCACGGGCGCGAACGUCUUCACCUACUUCGUGACCAACGACUUGGCCGCAGAGUGGCGAAGGUUGCCCGACAUCAAGCCCAAAGAGGUGAUCGCAGCAAGAGCCAUCAAGAGGUUGGUAACGGGCAACGCGGGAUCCAAGGUCAUCACUCAUCCAUACUUUGACGGCAAGGAGGAGGUGUACUUGCGCGCCCAGAUUGCGCGCAUCACCGCAGACACGACGAUUUGCCCCAAGGGCUUCCUGCAGAAGGAGGAAGACGGGGAGAACAUCGAGGAGAACGCGGAGUUUGUAUGCCCAGCUCCUGCCGAGCUGAUGAAAAAGGAGGCUUGGACCCACAUGCAGCCGCACAUCCUGCUCAAUGGGCGUACGACGCACAAAGAGAUCCCGGAGGGCGACACACCCGAGGAGAUCGCUGAGGCUGAAAAGCUCAAAGAGGAGCAGGAGGCCGACCCCGCCCCGCAGGUUUUGCGGGGCCUGCACGAGGAUGGCUUUCAGUGGAGCGUUAAGCAGGCUGGCGACCCCACGUUGUACCGAGCAGCGGAUCCGGCGCUGCCGUUGAGGUCCAGCGUGGUCGUGUAUGCGCGAUCGCUCUCGUGGCCCGGUGCAGUGUGCGCUGUCCGGAACGGCAAGUGGGUGAACUUCUACGUGGGCUAUGGCCUUGCCGCGGUCACCAGCAACUUCUUUCCCAAUGCGCCGCCGGAUGUGCAGGAAGAGCCAGAGGACCCCGGGGAGGUGGAGGAGCCUCAGGGCUCAGAGGAGCCGCCGGCGGAGGAAGGCUGA